AUGUAUCGGACACGGCAGUCACUACAACCGCCAAAACCCAACAACCAACAUUCUCGUUGCAGACAACAAAGAAGAUUCAGCAGCAUCGCAAGAAGCACAUGGACAGAAUGUGCCCUCGACUUUGGUUCCCAAAACACCGUAGUAAACCAGACCAUCAAUUACCUCCUAAGUAUGUCGUACGUGAAUGAUGACUACAAGAUCAUAGUAACUACAAUUAACAAAGUUGGCUCUUCGAAUUGGCGACGUUUCAUGCAGGAUCUUCACAAGAUCAGCAGUGAAAACUUCAGAAAAGCAUGGCCACCACUGAAGCUUAUCAGAGCACGACCAACUGUAGAAAUCCAACAGAAUUUAAAAGAGUACACCAAAGUUUUAUUUGUACGGCAUCCUCUGGUUCGGCUUCUCUCAGCGUACCGGGAUAAAUUCGUCAAACUCCCCACGAGUUAUUACGUCAACGCCGCUGUCAAGAUCAUCAAAAUAAUUCGUCAAAGUUUCGACAAUCACUGGGUACGGGUCUUCCGGAAAUACAAACCUUGUCACGUGCGUUAUGACGUCAUAGGUAAACUUGAAACACUUCUCCCGGAUGUGGAUUAUCUGACUGACAAACUUGGGGUUAAAGGUCGUGUUGAGUACAGGUAUCCAAAGCCGUACAGCGGAAGUUCAAAUACGUCAUUGCUGAUCGAAAAUUAUUCCAAAGUCCCACCAGAACUUGUUAGAAGUAUUUGUCAAAUUUACCAUGAUGAUUUUAUUGCAUUUGAUUAUGCCUUGCCCACGAAUUUCUCAGAUUUGGCUGAAUAUCUGGCGAAAAUAGGCUGAUCCCCAUCUAAUGGUCGGGUUCUCAGCUGUG